AUGACAACUAGUGAUGAAAUAAAUCCACGAUUUGCAGCAGAGGAUGUUCGGGAUGAACCAUCACAAAUGCUCAGACCUAUAUUAGGAUAUGAAAAAGAGGCAUUAGUUUCACUUGAAGAUGCAGUUAAACCUCUGU